UGGAACGCUUAUACUUACUAAACACGCAUUUUCACUCAUAAUACUUAUUUUACCAAUUAUCCGUUAUAUUUUUGAAGGAGCAUGAUAAUCAACAGACUAAGGCCGUCAAUGAUGAAUCUUCAAUUGACAUUACUAGAAUUCGUAUUACUUUCUAGAAUUGUAAUGUCUCGAUUGACUUUGGAUAAUGUUAACAUAACAAAUAUUAUAUAUCAGUAUUCGUCACUAUGCGGGCCUAACUACGCAGAAAACAAGAAAACAAUGUACUUUCCACAAAUAGCAGAGGAAUAUAGUAUGUGCCCGGUAUGUUAUAACGAUAACAGUUGUUAUAUUGACGACAACUGUUGUCCUCAGCAAGGAUUGAAAUACAAAAAGACGAAGUGUUUGAAAGCAAUUGUUCAUUUACCAAAUAAUAUGUCAUCUUUUGGAUAUGAAUAUGAAAUGGUCAAUACAUGCCCCUACGGAUCUGAUUUGUCCUACGAAUGUACUAAGCCACGUGAUAUUUACGAUUCAAUAAGAUAUCCUCCAGUAACUGAUCGGACAUAUACGUCGUUUAAAAAUCAGUUUUGCGCUAUGUGUAACGAUAUUAAAGAGUUUAUCCCCUGGAAGAUAGAUAUACCAUGUGACAUAAAAUAUGACAUAUUUUCCACUGUAAACGACAUUGUCGAAAAAGCACUCAAGAACAAUUGUAUAAUAUCGUUUUUUCCAAGUAAUAAAAUACGCAAUAAUGUGAAAAAAUGUAGUGGUCAUCAGUUUAUUGAAACUUGCAACGUUACAGGGACGUUGGAUAGUUAUAACAAAGAUAUUGACUUUGCAUGUCAAACACUGAAUAACCCUUUCCCGCCAUACAAAAGUAUCUUUUGUCACAUGUGCAAUCCUCCCGAAAAGACAAGUGCGCGAAUGAUCACUUCAUGUAAUGAAACUGGACUUUGGACAACAUACGCUAGGGAUAUAGAAAAGGCAUGUAAUGAAAACGUUUAUGUUGAAACGACCUUUCCUUACAAAAAUAUAUAUUGCUACAUAUGUAAUACAAAUGAAAGCGUGAUAAUGAGAAAUAAAAACUUGUACACAGUGGAUAUACCCAUAGAAGAUGUGUUUACGUAUAACUGGUACAAUGAAAAAGAACCUGUGGCUCAUGAGUGGGGGUAUGUUCAUGAAAGUGGGAUUAGAUCCACAGACGUCACAAAAAAUUGCAAGAACCUAUACAGAAAACUGAAGUACAAAAUUGAUUGUAAAGUUCCCAUUCCGUUUAACUUAUUGAAUCACAAUAUGUCAAAUCGACUGUUAUCUCAAGUUCAGUCCUAUCAUUGCAAUUUGACUGGAAAUGAUGAUCAAUAUAGAAAAAUUACCUUGUGCAAAAAGGACAGAAGGAAUUUAACAUAUUGUGAAGCCGAUAGUGAGUUUGACUUACAAUGGGCUUGUGAAACCCAGUCACGCGGGAUAAUUAUUCAAAGUGAAAAACUAUAUUACCAUUAUACAGUAUGUGGAACCCAUCUGAAAGAUUUUUUAGUUUAUGAUGAUGGCAUACAAUUAGAUAUAGAGCAGUAUGUUAAGGAAAAUUUAGCUUGUGAUUUAUUUAACUGCAUGGAUGAUCGCAAAUUAUACCCUUUACAGUACAUCUUAUGUAAUUGCUGUUCUGAGGUUUGGACCUAUUCACCUGGUGGUGGUACUUGGGAUAUAUUUAGUCGCAAAUACUUCACUCCUAACUGUAAACUGAACGAGAUUUAUGAUUCUCUAAAGCAAAGAUGUCGCCAAACUGACUGUUUCCUAGGAAAACAAUUGACAGGAGAUAGUUGUGAACAGAAUUUACCAACAUCGUUAUAUUCUCCACCACUGUCAUAUGUUUUUCCGUUCGGGCUAACAUCAAGCGAUAUCCAUUCAAAAAUAACGCAGAAUUUACAGAAUGAUUUAAAUGAAAUGUUUUCUAUUUCAACUUCGAUCUGUAUUAAACCAAAAACCAAAUCGAGUUCCUACUUUGUUCAAAUUGAUAUUCUGAUAUUGAGUAAUACAUUUAUUGUAGAUAUAGAACAGAGACUAAUAGAUUAUUCUUCUCGUCUAUUUAAAAGUUCGGACAAAAUGAAUAUAACUGUAAAAUACGAUUAUCAGUCAAUUUUAACUAAUGAAAAUACAGAGUUUGAAAAUACUUCUGCUUGUGUAAAAAGGAAUCGAUCUCUAAUAUCUAAUUUGUUAGUGUGUCGACAUGUUUUAUUUACACAACGUGAGUAUAGAUUAUCCACAAAAGACAAUGAGAUAAUUUUAGACGACUACGAUGCAAAGUUUAGGUUUUAUGAAUAUCAUAUCGACUCUGAGAAAAACUUAAGAAUAUGCAUUGAGGAUUUUAAUCGUAUUGUGAACUUAGAUGACAAAAACGACGUUGUAUAUUUGGCAAUAAUGAUAACAUGCACUGUUAUUUCAGUACUGUGUCUUUUGGCGACAUUAAUAACGUACUGUUUAUUUUCUUCACUUAAAACUCUACCAGGAAAGAAUAUAAUGAGCUUAGUGUUUUCUCUUCUUGUUUACAAUAUACUUUAUUUGAUAUUGAUAAUCGUCGAUGACACCGAUACAACAGUGUGUCAGGUUAUCGGUACAGUUAUUCAUUUCUUUCUGCUAUCUACCUUUGCAUGUUUUACCAUGGGUACAGUUCAUAUGUUUAGAAUAUUUGGCCAUGACAGUCUUUCGUCGACACUAAAAGCUAAUCAGAGUAAUUAUACUUUUAAGAUAUAUACCGCUUCCGCAUAUGGCUCUGCAGCUGCAAUAGUAGUCAUAAACAUUAUCGUUCUGCGCAUUAACACAGGAACCUUUACUGGGUAUGGUUAUAAUAACAAAUGCUUUAUUUCAAAUGUUCAGAGCUUUAUUGCCACAGUUUUAGUACCACUAGUUAUAACCUUUAUCAUAAACAUGAUAUUAUAUUCAAUAACGACGUACAAACUAUACAAAAAAAUUUAUUCGAAGUCGGCUAUAUCUGCAGUUUCUAAAACAAAUAAAAAAGAAAUAAGCAUCUUUAUUAAACUUUUUACAACAACUGGUUGUUCCUGGAUUUUGUUGCUUAUUAAUUAUUUCGUCAAUAAAACACCAAUAUCAAUAGCGAUAGCCGCUUUAAAUGGAUUUCAAGGACUUUACAUUUUUAUAGCUUAUAUUUUCAAUGAACGUAUAUAUCGGAUGUACAAAUCUAAGAUAAUUGAACUGACUGCUCAAAAAUCGCAGUCAACAAUUAUGACAUCACUUCCACGUUCCCAACAAACUAGUUCCGAAAACGAUUAUGUUUAAAACUGUAGAUAGCAAUUAGGAAAAUAAAAACAGGUGCCGCUUGUAAACAUACUGCAUUACUAUACUUUAGAAUCAAUCGAAAUCCUCAUUUUGAAGUAGAAGUUUUCAAAGAGAAUGGAAUUAUCUCCUUUUAUGAUAUUUUUUUUUCUUUUAUGUAUUUUCACACAUUUUUUUUUAAUGAAAUGUUAUAUCGUAUACUAAUUUGAAUAAAAAUGUCUAAUCUUUA